AUGGAAGUUGCUUUUCACCAACUAAAGUCUUAACUAAAGCACUUAAAGCAAACUCAAAUUCUAUAACUUUUACUCUUGCUAUCAUUGCUAAGCAUUGUUUCAAAAACUUAAGCUAAGGAUUCGCCAUAUAGUAAAGUUUUUGACAUAGAAAAUUCUCAAUUAAGCAACGAAAACUUUGACUUUGAGAUGCUGAUAAGUGAAAUACAUGACCGUAUUAAAUUAAUGGCAAUAACUCCUGAGUAGCAGCUUGUUGUUGACUUUGGCUAUGCAUUUCUAAAUGGUUUCCAGGCUGAUGCAAAAUUCUAGAAUUCAACUGGUUGCUUUGAUAGAUAUACAAACAUAACAAUGAUUGAUUUGCCUGCAUAUAAAGUUCAGAUGAGCACAUCUGUCACAAUUGUUGAUAAAGCUGUUGCUAUAACCACAUUCAUCUAAAAACUUACAAAUGCAGCUUGGGUUUGUAACGACUGCUUCAGAAAUGUAGCAAAAUGGACAAAUAACAAAAUAGUUUAGUUUGGAAAUGUCAUGGACUUUUUUACUGGAUUUCUAUUCAAUCUCCUAGGUAAAGCAAUUCAACUUUAAACAGCAUAUGCAAAUAUUGAUGCAGCUCAGAAAAAUGGAACAGUAAUCAUUGUAUAUCAAUAAUUAGCUAGAAUGAUUUCUCUUAUUCUAGAUUUCAGUCCUUCAGAAAGUGCAUCAUUGAGGCUUAUGCAAUCAAAUGAUAUUAUCGAUCUAGAUGAGAUCAGAACUAGUGUAUAUUAUGAAUCACUGGGCGAAUCAAAAUAUCUAUUUUAAGAAGAUGAUUCUACUCAAAGAAUAAUAAUGCUGGACAAUAUUCAAAGACUUGUAAAAUAGAAAAUGCAGGUUCUAGGCUUCAAAGAGUAGGUUAUCUCUGUGAACGGUAUAGCCGAUAUAAUAGUUGGUUUCUUAAAUGGAACCACAUUAACAUCAACUUAGAGUUCCUAAAAUUGCGAAUCUGCUAUUAGGUUUUAAGACUAAGGUUUAAGAAGCGGUCUAAACAUAUUAAUAACCAAUUUUACAGUUUUUGGUGUGUUUAAUUCGAUAGAUAAAUUCUUGAUUCUGCCCUAUCACUGGGAUCAAAUUGCAGAUAAAUGCUAUGAUAGUAUCUUUGAUGCAAUGUUGGUAGUCAUGUCGUAUACCACUUUCCUGUCAGAUAAAAAUGUGCUCUAGACAAAUCUAGUCUACAACUUUGGUUUGAUAUAUAACAUAUUCAAGGACUUAUACUACUACUUCACUGACAACUCUAAAACUAAGAUUAAAAAUGCCUUUUCAGCUGGCUUUUCCAUCGGGUCUUUCUUUUAUUACUUAUUUAGUGAUGAAAGUGGGUUAUGA